ACUGCCCGCCUGGCUGGCUGACUGUGUGUGAGCGCCUGUAGCCCCGCACUCACCGCACGCACGCACGCUUGCUCGCUCACUCACUCCCAUCCACACGCACGCAGAGCAGAUCAGUGCAGGCGGCGCUCAAAUAGUGUCGCUCCCUCCAAGUGGAGGCAAGGACCGAGACUGGAGAAAGAAGAAGAGAAGGACACACUUUGAAACUUUUCAACAUCAAUUUCGCAACCCCCCCCUUUUUUUUCUCUGGAGGAGGUUGACAUGACAAUGAGCCGCUUUCGCCGAUGGAUUUGGUAGGACGUCCGCUCUCCGAGUGUUUUUUAAUGCACUCUGAACAAGAGUAGAAUGAACUUAUCGAAGGGCCCACUGGUGAACAGCAGCACUGACGACAGCUCCAAAUCAACUUACGUUAAAUGCGGUGCUGGCGCCUGGAGGAUGCACCAGAGCUACGAGCCUCUCGAGGCCAACCACAUGAGAGACCCACAUGCCCUCUACAAUCCAAGGCUUCUCUGCAGAAUGUCCAGUAAGGAGCGCCACCUAGAGUCCAACUGUCCGUCCUCGUAUAUAAAAACCGAGCCAUCCAGCCCCGCCUCCCUGACCGACAGUCUAAACCAUCACUCCCCCGGCGGCUCCAGUGACGCGUCAGGCUCCUAUUCGUCCACCAUGAACGGCCACCCCAACGGUUUAGACUCCCCGAGUCUCUACGGCUCCGGCGCGGGGCCCUUGGGUCCCGCCGGUGGCCCCGGAUCAAAGCGCUACGAGGACUGCUCGUCAACGAUCGGGGAAGAUUCGCAGAUAAAGUGCGAGUACAUGUUGAAUUCCAUGCCCAAGCGGUUGUGUCUGGUCUGCGGGGACAUUGCUUCCGGCUACCACUAUGGUGUGGCAUCGUGCGAGGCCUGCAAGGCCUUCUUCAAACGCACCAUUCAAGGCAACAUCGAAUAUAGCUGUCCGGCCACCAACGAGUGCGAAAUCACCAAGAGGAGACGCAAGUCGUGCCAGGCCUGCCGCUUCAUGAAGUGUCUGACCGUGGGCAUGCUGAGGGAGGGUAAGGGAAAAGGUGUUCGUCUGGACAGGGUCCGCGGUGGAAGACAGAAGUAUAAACGUCGGAUAGAUGCCGAUAACAGUCCUUAUCUGAACCCUCAGCUGGCUCUGCCUGCCAAGAAGCCAUUUGCCUUUGGCUGCCUUGCAGAUAACAAAAUCGUCUCUCACCUGCUGGUGGCUGAACCAGAGAAGAUCUACGCCAUGCCCGACCCGACAGUACCUGACAGCGACAUCAAGGCUCUGACUACGUUGUGCGACCUGGCUGACAGAGAGCUGGUGGUCAACAUUGGCUGGGCCAAGCACAUCCCAGGUUUCUCCACGCUGUCUCUAGCAGACCAGAUGAGUCUUUUGCAGAGUGCAUGGAUGGAGAUCUUGAUCUUGCGUGUCGUGUACCGCUCGCUUUCCUUCGAAGACAAGCUGGUGUACGCCGAGGACUACAUCAUGGACGAGGAGCAGUCAAAGCUGGCUGGACUUCUGGAGCUGAACAACACCAUCCUUCAGCUGGUCAAGAAGUACAAAGCCAUGAAGCUGGACAAGGAGGAGUUUGUCACUCUGAAGGCCAUCGCACUGGCUAAUUCAGACUCCAUGCAUAUCGAGGAUGUUGAUGCAGUGCAGAAGCUCCAGGACGUGCUCCAUGAGGCCCUGCAGGACUUUGAGGCUUCCCAGCACCAGGAGGACCCCCGGCGGACGGGCAAACUGCUCAUGACCCUGCCACUGCUCCGUCAGACAUCCACCAAGGCCGUGCAGCACUUCUACAGCAUCAAGCAAGAUGGCAAAGUGCCCAUGCACAAACUCUUCCUGGAGCUCCUGGAGGCCAAAGUGUGAGGGCGUAAAGUCCAACCAACUAUCUUUGACACACACACACACAUACGCACGCACCCAAACACACACCAUAAUAUGUCCCUUAAGUUCACCCCUUAUGACUAAACAAGUAAGCUACUCCUCUUAACUUCAACCACUGCUAUCUCUGAUUGCAAACGAAAAGGCUUGGUUGACGUUUUGUUUUGGGAAGUGGGCGCUGACUGCUUUAACCCCGCCCCCUCUUAAGGGGGAAGAGGAUGACACUUCCUGCUGUUGUUAUUGUUGUGUGCAGAAACACUGACAAUGGCACUCACAUAUGCAUUUAAUGAUGACGUUAUUAUACGGAACUUGCUCCAAUGAAGACAAAUUCAAAAGGAAAUGUUUGGAGAACUGAUGAAACUUUCUCCCUUGCCCUCCUCAUAUAAUUUUUUAAGGGUUUAAGAAGAUAAAGGGAAAAAAAUCCUAAAGAAGUAUUAAAGACAUUUGUAAUCACAUUAUGUGUACAUUGACAUUUGGAUGGACAAAGAAGAAGAGGGUGAGGAGGAGCUUUGCCUGCCAAAAGAUGGAACUGCAUUCAGCGGAUGCCAGCAACUUUAUGCCAUGACCCCAAAUUCUGGCCUUUUUUAUUUUGAUUUAUCAAUUUGAGGCCCUGGACUGUUCUCUUUUCCGAAUGAUUCAAAAGCGGUCUCCUUGUGCUGAUAACAUGCAGGCGUGUCCAAAGAUUGUAGUUGGAAUUCGUUGCUGGACUUGCUUCCCCAAAAAGUCACCUGCUUGUGACCUGUUGGCAAAAUUACGUCAGACAUAAACGUGAUGAAUUUAAGAGAAGGAAAAAAAUGUCGCUUUUCCACUGCAUUGUACCAGUUCAGCUCACAUUUCUGCUUCAUACUAGGUCAGCUGCCAGCUACGGAAACCACAUUGGAUUGAACAUGCACUGAAGCUAUCGGUCGAAAGAAGACAAGCUAACGAAGGAAACUGAUUUAUUCUCAGACAAAGACCAAAAUGUGGGAUGAUUCCACACUUCAAUUCAAUGUAGUCCACCACCAUUAUUUAGAAUAUUUUGUGAUCCCAACACAAGUGGUCAAGGAUAAAUCACUUACUGACCAAAUUGUAACAAAAAGACGUAAUAAGACAUUUUAGCCAGUGAGCCACUGGUUGCCAAUUGUGUGCACUUAUUCGCUGGCUCCCACGUCAUUUACCAUUCAGCCCCGCCUUUUAAAGCAACACACACAGAUAUUGUGGGUUGGGGAAAGCAACCCCAAUUAAACAACAAUAACACCUGCACUUCACAUGCACAUUUGGUAAAUCAUGAAAGCCAUGGAAGUUGGUAGCAUGCAGUGCCAAAGUGGCCAACGGUCUGACAACUCCUCAUAUUGUCUUUGUCAAUCUGCAGUAUUUUCACCUUGCACGUAUUUCAGUCAAGAGACAGUCAAGUGGCGCCUCAGUGCUUCCCUCCUCGUUCAGCUUCCUUCACAGGAUCAUCUUAACAAGAUGGCCUCAGAGCAAAAGUUCCACAAGUGUGACGGGCCACUGUCGGGAUAAAAGGUGACUAAAAAGUUGCUUUAUUUUUCUUUCUUGGCUUCCAUCUCAUAAUAAUUGUGGCUAAGGUAACCAAUACUAGGCUUGUAAAUAAGUCAUCCUGUAUUUUCCUCUACCAGCUUGACCACCCUCAGUGGUCAUCAUGUAUGUAUAAAUAUAACAACUUAUCAUGUAUUAACAAAUCAAAGUUUAUCUUAGGGGCUUCCAAGCAAGAGUGUAUUGACAAGAGUGUGCAAGGACGGGCUUUAGGGAGAAUAUGUAGCUUAUUUUUUCUCUUUUCGUGAGUUGGAAAUUUAUACAUAGCAGUCAUGACAUUGUAGCAUGAAGUCAGAUUGUGAUGGGCGUCAACAUGAGCAGUGUUCACUUUAUUCAACUCAUGUUUGUAACUUGUCAUGUGACCAAAUGCAACAUUUUCUGUAACAUUUUCUCCAUAGUUAAGUAGGAAAAGACAGGGACAGUUAAAAGCCAUGGUUCCACCAAGUGCUAUGCUUCACUUCUGUUCGGAACCAUAAUUAUGAUCUGGUAUUUUUCGUUCACUUAUUUCCAAUUUUUUUUGUCGUUGAAUAUAAUGCGAUGAAAGUCAAGUCAAAGUGAAUCAAUCUGUGACUGACUGCUGUUAAAAAAUCACGCACAGCAAUAUCCCAUUUUGGUUCUGUUUGAAACGAAAAUCUCUGUUAGAACUCUGAAAUGUUGGUUAUGCAGUCUCGGCUGAAUUGUAGCACUUGGUGGAAAUGGGCCAUAAAUAAGCAAAAGUGUAUGGGAAACUGGGAAAUGGUGCUAAAAAAAAUUAGCAUGCCUAGACUCACUGAUUUGCCCAGUUUGCUAUCACACUUCCUGUUCUGGAACAUUGAAUUUCUUAAAGUGCAAUCAUUUCAAGUGACAAAGAUAAAAACAAAAGUUACAGCCUGUAAUGACUAACACGUUAUUUGUUCACUUUUUAAAUACAACCAUAGCCCAGAGUUUGAUCACUCAUUAUAGCUUUAACAGUUGGGGAUUUAAACAUAAUAAUCUACAUUAUUUAUGUAAUUUGCAAAACUGGAUAAAAAUAUUUGUCCAACCUACUAGAACCUGGCAGCUGAGGAGUUAAACAGUCCAUCUCUAACAUUGCUCGCAAACAGCAUUAAAUAUUAGCGGCUAUUUUCUCAGCCUUCGUUAACAUUGUAUAUUGUAAAUACAGACAGAUUACACUUCUAACAUAAGACAUUUUAUUGGAAACAAAAGAUUUUUUUAAAAAGUAAAAAAAACGUAGCUCAACCUCGAAAGUUUCACCUUACGCCAUGUCUACUGCGGUGGAAUGUUUUUUUUUUGCUUUUAAUACCCCCUCAAGUCUUCCUUCUGUUUUGGCUCCACCCCACUUCCGCUGAGCAAUCGGAGGCGCGUGUGAGUGGUUCCCUUGUCCGGACUCCCGUCCUCAUACAGUGUGCAGAAUCUCAGUAGACUAGAGGCCAUCCGGUCCGGCUGUUGGAUCAGUGCAUCGGGUUAAGUUUCAGCACUCAGCUCUUACCUGACUACUCAUAGUUAAUAAAUUAUUUAGUAUCUAAAUGCUAAACACAAGUAAUUAAAAGGGGAAGGGUCAUUUGUGUAACUUUGCUGUAGAACAAACAAUAUUCUGUAUAUCUUUUAAAAGGCAGACUGACGAGGAGAACCUUUUGAUAGGCUCGCUGUACAUGUACAUAACUACCUUCCACGCAGCUUGACAACACCUCAACCAUUUUGUUCAUUUGUUCUUGAAAUGAUUUAAUGCUGUUUUUAUAUGUAUUUAAUCACUUCUGAGGAAAAGUGAGGCCUAAACUCGUAUCUUUUAAUUGUCUCUAAGUCUGUAAAUGUAAACUAGAACUCUUAUAAGAAUCCUGAAGUUCAACAUGUAAUGUAAAAGUACAUUAUUGCUUUUUUGUUUCUCUUUUAUACAGUAAGACAAAAGGGGCUUUUAACAAAAAAACGUGUUUGCAGUCUAAAUUGUCACCUGUCAAAUUCAACCGAGAGAAAAUCCUUCAAAGAUCGCAACUGUGCACUUGAUGUGACUUCAAAGCAGCAAUCUUUAAUGUCAUUUUUUUUCGUAUGGGCCAAUUCAGUUGAUCGCAAAGGUAUCACCGUUCUUGUCCAAGAUCAAUAUGCAUCAAUAUGCAGGAUGCUUCAACUUUGUAAAAGUUUUCAUUUUUAGAAGCAAUAUUUUACUUCUGAACUCUUGACAAGUUGCACUUAUGACCAAUUAUUGAAGUUUAAACCGAUACAAAUAGACCGUCUGGUAUUUUCCAUGAGGUGCAAUGGGAAAAGGAGUGGGGUGGUUUGACCUGGCUGCACUUUAAGCACCAUGAAAGAAAUGUUCUUCUGUUACUCAGACGCAUUAGCUGCAAAUAUUGUAUGUAAUCCAUCUAUGACUUGUGUAGCUGGAGCAGCAAAGGAUUGUUUGUCCCUCCCAGCUCGACACUCAUUUUGUUGUAUUUAAUUGUAGCCGCCAGUUGCCCCUACAUUCACGGGCGAGGGCGAGUUUGGAUAAAAACUUUUCGAGGAAAAAAAAAAAGACCCUUGCCUUGUGAAGAGUUCCGGACGAAGGGGGAGACCCCCUGUAUUGUUAUUAAAAACAUGUUCGUAGAUUUUAGAUGUGCUUCACAUCAUAAAAUGAAAAAGGAAAAAAAAAACUACCUGUAUAUUUUUGUGAUGUGUAUCAUACAAGUGUGCUCCAAUGAUAAUGUCCAUCUGUGUAAAUGUAUUUAUUUCACACUGUAUAUAUUGUUCAAUGCAAAAAGAGAGACCUAUGAUUCUGUAAGUUAAACGACUAUUGUUUGAAGCAUUACAUGUGUUACUCCAGACUAUGCCUUUCAGGAUUAUUACAGUAGAGCAAUAUCGAUUAAAACCAGGCUUCCAGUUUUGAA